AUGUAUCCAGAGCCUCGAGGCAUCGGAGACAUGACUCUGGAGAUCAUGACCUGCAACAAGGCUGCGACGUCCUGGAUUAGAAGAACCGGAGCUUUUGGAUAUAGACUUCAUCCAUCCGCAAGGCCGGCGAAAAGGACUUGGAGGUUUGCAGAAUCUAUUUGCACGAAGAUGAAGUUGAUGAUAGCUAUCACAGCGACUAGCUGGGCUCUAGCGAGUCGCGACUACAUAUAUCGCCUUGCAGGAUUCCCGGUCCGAUCCUUCACACUUACGCACAAGUGCAUCACAUAUUUCCGAGAAUUUCUCUUGGUAAUAAGAUAUCUGACCAUUCAGUCGCCAGCAGUAGAUUUCUUCUCUUGUUGGCUUUUGGAUGCCAGGUCAGUCUCUUCAUCAAGAGCAGGCCGAAGAGUUGACAAGUCAAGAGUACUUUAUACAGCCAUUGGUGAUUUGAACCUUGUCAUUAGAUUUUUCUUUCAAGAUCUUGUGUCUGUGAAGCGAGUCGUGCACAGGUUGCCAUUGCAUCGUCGUUCCAAAGGUGGGGCGUCGUUCGUAUACAGCUCUCCAACCAUAGGUCGUGCCAAUAGCACUAGCUUCUUCCCGGACACUCAGCUCCACGAGCUUCAUUCCGUUUGGAUGAGCCGCGGAGAGCGGGAGCAAAGCAGGAUAGGGGUGUUGGUACGACAUGCCAGUUGUUCACAGUAUCUGACCAGACUCUUCCACCAGUCUAUUCGUACAAAUACAAGCAGUCAAUGCUUCCCAACGUUGAUCUGCCGUCAAAACCAAAAUUCAUCAACGCCGGGUAUUCCAUAUAAGCCUGCGAUCUAUUGUGCAUGCCCUGGGUAUCACAAAGACCGCUCAAACGCUAAACAAGCCAAAAAGUUCAAAGGUUAUUGUUGUUGGCCUCCCAUAUUCGUUACAAGGUAAUGAAUUAUAUCGGCCGUAAACUCCGUGCUGGUGUCAUGUCGCGUGAAAAAGGAAUUUCUCUCGACGGUUGAGGAUUCCAGAUGUGCCGUCGAGGAAAAAAGAGAUCUCAGAAGGUGGACCACACCAUGCCGCCCUCAGAACGUGCCAUGCUGCCGAUGCGCAUGUCUUCUUGUGGCUGCUGGGUUCUUGGAAUAGGCAUGGCUGUACCGUGGGAGCUGCCCGAGGAAUCAGCAAUGGAGCUCGCGCGAGAGUGGUGCAGCUUCUUGAUGAUCUUCCAAUCAUCAAAGCAGGUAUUGCACGACUUGCUCAAGAAGCCGUUGGGGUGAAUGCGAGCAUUCUGGUCGAGAGGGAUGUUGUAUUUGAUGUGAUAAUCACAGACGAGGUUUCCACAACGCCGGCAGUGAUGUCUCCGGAAGAACCAGGUGAAGGACUGCUUGCAGACGAAGCAUGAUGUUGCCGACUCAUCUGGUUUCCAGUGCGCAGUGGUGGGUGUGCCUGUGACUUCACCCAUUUCUUCUAGCGAAAGCGUCUCGCUUGCAGCGCGACUCCAGCCCAGUCGCAUGGACUCUACGUCCUCGCGCUGGCCAAAUUGGAAGCCGGUAUACUCAAUACCGGCUGGCGAGCCUGCUUUUGCUAUGUCGUAGCUACUUUCAUUGCUUGCAGGAGGCGUAUCUGGGGCGCGCGGUCGGCCAGGGAUAUCGGUGGGACGUGUGCGAUCGUGUGGGCGCAGCGCAGCCGGUACAUACAUCGGUCCACGGGCUCGUCUUAGCUGAGGAGGGUUCGCAUUGGUAUGGUAAUUGGUAGGCGAGAUGUUAUUCGAGGGUGGAGUGGUUGCUUGCGAUGCCAUUGGAUUGGUCUGCGCAUACAAGAAUUGUUCUGGCGGUGACGGUCCUGCGUGUGGAUAGAGGAAGGAUUUCGAGGCGUUGCUGUUCGCGCCAAGCUGUGUCGUUGCCAUGGUGUUGAGUCGAGGUCGAGAUAGGUGUCGCUAGAGGCGGUCAAGGUGGAAGUUUGAGGUUGGGGCUCUGCCUAUCUGCCGGCAGUGCUCAUGGCUAGCGAGUCGACAAAGGAAUGGACGCUGCAAGGCAUGCAC